AGCCUGGGUUUCAAAUCAUUUAAACAACCAAAGCUUACAAGACAUACAUGAUGGCAUCGUUUAACAGUAUAACUAAAUGUCAAACUCUGGUAGAAGAAAAAGCAAAUUUAUUAUCCCAAGAUAGUGAAACUGAAGACUUUUCAUCUGGAUAUGAUUCCCCCGAGUACUUCUCUGAUGAAGAUACAGAAAGAAAACGCUCUAACAGAUUCCUACAGACCAACUCAUCUGAUAAAUCAGACUUUUCAUCUGAUAAAUCUACUCUGGUUGAUAAUUCCUCAUCUAAAGAUGAAGGCAUAUAUAAAUUCAAUGAUAUUAAUUCGAUGAAAGUAACCAAUGUUCAUACAUUGAUCGAUAACAUUCGAUAUAUAUUAUCGAUGCCUGAUUUAUGCGAUGUUGUGUUUAUCGUAGGCCCACAAAGAGUUCCCGUCUAUGGACUGAAGGCUAUUCUGAGCACACGAAGCAGGUUAUUUUUCGUUAUGUUUUUGAAACACUCAAAAGAAGCCAUGAAACAAAAGAAGAAAAUGAAGAAAACUAAGCAUACCAAACCAGAACAGAGCAACACACUUACUUUCACUAUAGAUAAUUAUGAUGCUGAUAUAUUCCGUACAUUUCUAUUGUUUGUCCAUUGUGGAACAGUAGAAAUAGAGCCACCUACAGUUACUGGGCUACUUUGUUUGGCUACGGAGUUUGAUAUUCCUGACCUGCGGAGUUCAUGCUGGGAAUUCAUAGACCGAUGUCUGUCAGUACAAUCUUUUUCUUCCGUAAUGAUGAAAGAAACACUAUUGUAUGGCCACCACAAAGCUGCACAGAAACUAAGAAUUAAGGUAAAAUUUUAACAUUUAUUGUAAAAACUUAUGAUUGAUUCUGUGUAAUGUAAGUGCAUGUAGGGGGUAGGGGUGGGUGUAAGGAAAAAAUACGAUGUUUUAUGUUUUUAAUGUUUCAAAUGAAUGAAAGCGUAUCGGACGAAGACACAAAACAGUCUAAGUAUCAAGUAUUCUCCAAAAAUAUUUACAAGCCAUUUUCACGUGUUUUUGUUUUUUUCAGAUUUUAAGAACUACAACAAAGACAUCGUUAACAUCUUCAACUGUUUCAAGAGAUUACCGUAGCAGUGAACAAGAUUGCGGUACUAGCAAAGAGACAUAAGUUUGAAUUUGCAGAAUUAUCAACUUUAGUGCUUUACAUUGUAUUCUAUGAAUUAUGCAGAUAACUAUACAUGAUUGAAAAUGCCACUAUGCAAACGU